UGACAUUUCGUUAAGUCAUUAGUUAUUGUGCAGUUGUUGAGAGCAGAAGUAAAGUGGAACUAGUGACACACUAAAUAUUUCUAUUAAAUUUUUAACUAUAAACAAUAAGAAAUAUUUUAAUACAUAUUAUUAAUAUAAAAUGGCAUUUUUAAAUAGAAUUGCUACACGCUCGGUACGCCAAUUGGCAAAUCGUUCUUAUGUUUCUGUCUCACAUGUCUCCGCCAAUGGCCCCUCAUUUGGUUUAACCGAAGAACAAAAACAAAUGCAGGAUAUGGCCCGUAAAUUUGCUCGUGAGGAAAUUAUUCCUGUAGCUGGACAAUACGAUAAGACUGGCGAGUAUCCUUGGGAUAUUGUAAAGAAAGCUUGGUCCUUGGGUCUCAUGAACAAUCACAUUCCUCAGGAGUAUGGAGGCUUAGGUCUAGACAACUUUACAACUUGUUUGAUUGCCGAAGAAUUGGCUUACGGUUGCACUGGUAUUAUGACUGCUAUGGAGGCUAGUUCAUUGGGUCAAACUCCAAUUAUUAUUGCUGCUAAUCACGAACAGAAGAAAAAAUAUUUAGGUCGCUUGAUUGAAGAACCACUUGUUGCCGCAUACUGUGUUACUGAACCUGGUGCUGGUUCUGAUGUUGCCGGUGUUAAAACUCGUGCCGAAAAGAAAGGUGAUGAAUGGAUUAUUAACGGUCAAAAAAUGUGGAUUACUAAUGGUGGUGUAGCCAAUUGGUACUUCGUUUUGGCUCGCACAAACCCUGAUCCCAAAGCUCCUGCCAGUAAAGCCUUUACCGGAUUCAUUGUAGAACGUGAUACUCCCGGUUUAACUCCCGGCCGCAAGGAAAUUAACAUGGGUCAACGCGCUUCCGAUACACGUGGCAUCACAUUUGAAGAUGUUCGCGUACCAAAAGAAAAUGUACUAAUUGGUGAAGGUGCUGGCUUUAAAAUCGCUAUGGGUACCUUUGACAAGACUCGCGCCCCUGUAGCUGCUGGUGCCGUUGGUUUGGCCCAACGUUGCCUUGACGAAGCUUUGAAGUAUUCUUUGGAUCGUAAAACUUUCGGUACACCCAUUGCCUACCACCAAGCUGUGCAAUUUAUGCUUGCCGAUAUGGCUAUCGGUGUUGAAACUGGUCGUCUAGCUUAUCGUCUUGCCGCUUGGGAAGUAGAUCAAGGUCGCCGUAACAGUUACUACGCUUCAAUUGCCAAAUGCCAUGCUGCCGAUGUGGCCAAUAAAAUUGCCUCCGAUGCUGUACAAAUUUUCGGCGGCAAUGGCUUUAACACUGAAUACCCCGUAGAAAAGUUAAUGCGCGACGCCAAAAUCUAUCAAAUUUACGAAGGAACUUCUCAAAUUCAACGUCUGAUCAUUUCUAGAAAUAUGUUUGAAGCUGCCAAACAAUCCUCCCAAUAAUUCAAUUCACUCCAUUUAGUUAGUAACAGUCAUUAGAUUUUAAGUCAAUUAUUUCCAUUCAUUUACAUAAAAAUGUACGUAUUUUGUAAAAUUUCUUUAUUAAGUAAACAAUGUUGUUAUUGUAUUAAAUCCUGUUACAAAUAUUCAGAAUAUAAAAUAUUUUUUUAAAUCA